AUGGAUCUUCAAGGACAGCCCAUUUCCCGCGGCCCUACCAGCACCAAGGUCACUACUGACCCCGAGGCUACUCGCAACCCCAUCCAUGAGCCGGCUGGACCGGUCCCCUCUGACUCUCUUGCCGCCGAAUCCGCCACCAAGGGCGGUGCUUUCUCUGAGAACCGUGGUGCCCAGCCCGAUGCGCCGGGCUCGCGGUCCGCCAACGCCUCCGGCGCCACCGAGCUGCCUUCCGCCCGGGUCGGUGCUGCCCGCGAGAACCUAGAUCGCCAGGAGAAGUACCCCGAGGCCCUGGGUGGCCAGGGCAACUAUCCCGGUCCCCACGUGCCUGAGUCCGGCUACGUCGGUGGCCCUUCUGCGGCCAAGCAGGAACUUGGAAUUGGCAAGUCCCAGGCCAGCGGCAGUGGCUACAGCCAGUACAACGGUGGUCAGGCUCCCUCGUACGCCGUCGAUGCUACCGGUCAGUAUGCUGACGCCGCUCAAUACGGCAAGGCGCAGCCUAAGGGUGUCAACCUGACCGAGGGCGGCUUCGAAGGUGACCGGCCAAACGCCAGCUUCGGCACCGACAUUGGCUCAAAGAACGACCCCGGCCGUGCGGCCGAGCACAAGUUCCAGCGCACCGCCGCCGAGAGCGGUCCCGAUGCCGGUGGAGGUCCUCGCCAGAAGGGAGUUGACAACCAGCACCCCUUCCAGCACCUCCAGUCCGACCAGCGAGCAUAA